AAACCAAUGUUGAACCAGUAGCAAAAAUUUGAUUACGAGUUCUAAAGCAAUGAAACCAAUGUUGAACCGGUUGCACAAAUUUGAUUACGAGUCAAACCAAACCAAUAAUAAACUUUAAUGAAAUUUGAUUAUGUAACAUUGCCCAUUUGUUUAAAAUAAUAUUUUGGUUAAACCUAUAAUAAAAAUUUCUAUCCAAUCUUAUUUGUUUAAGAUAAUUAUUUUCUAGAAAUGUCAUCAUCUUCAUCCGAUGAAGUCGAUGCAAGAUUGGACGAAAUUUGCGAUGAAUACGUGGAAGAAAUAUACAACGACAUAGUGGAGACCCAAACCAUACCACAAAGGACACGUCAGUAUGUUGAACGACACCGCAAAGGAGGACAAGACCAGUUAUGGAAUGACUAUUUCAGCGAAGAUCCGACAUUCUCGACUGCAAUUUUCAGACGCCGUUUUCGCAUGAAUAAGAAUUUAUUCUUGCGUCUUGUUCAUGGCCUAGAAGAGUACUUUCCAUUCUUCCAGCAAAGAAGAGAUGCGACCGGGAGAUGGAGUCUUACGGCACUACAAAAAUGUACUGCUGCUAUUCGACUGCUUGCUUAUGGUAAUGCGGCUGACACCGUUGAUGAAUAUCUCCGACUUGCUGAGACCACUGCACUUUCGUGUUUACAUAAUUUCACAGACGGAAUUAUACAAUUAUUCGGAAAUGAGUAUCUACGACGACCCACACCGGAGGAUCUCCAACGGCUAUUAGAUAUUGGAGAGAAACGAGGGUUUCCUGGGAUGGUCGGGAGCAUUGAUUGUAUGCAUUGGGAGUGGAAAAACUGCCCAACCGCUUGGAAAGGACAAUAUGCACGUGGAUCGGGAAAACCGACAAUUGUCUUAGAGGCGGUAGCUUCUCACGAUCUUUGGAUAUGGCACGCCUUUUUUGGUCCUCCAGGUACCUUAAACGAUAUUAAUGUUCUCGAUCGAUCUCCUGUUUUUGAUGACCUUUUACAAGGUCGAGCUCCGAGGGUAAAGUACAUGGUCAACGGACACACGUAUAAGUUGGCGUACUACCUCACAGACGGUAUAUAUCCAAAAUGGUCGACAUUUAUCCAAUCUAUCACACUCCCACAAACUCCUCAACAUGAGUUAUUUGCUAAAGUUCAAGAAGCAACCCGAAAAGAUGUGGAGCGGGCUUUUGGAGUUUUGCAAUCUCGAUUUGCAAUUGUUAGAAAUCUGGUUAAAACAUUGAACAAAGAAAAGAUAGGGAAGAUUAUGAGAGCAUGUAUCAUACUCCACAAUAUGAUAGUCGAAGAUGAACGGGAUGGAUACUCUCAUAUUGAUAUAUCUGAAUUUGAAGAAGGAGACGCCUCCAGAUGUUCAGAGGUGGAAACCGAGAUGCCAACAAAUCUGAACAAUAUCUUUCCCACUCGGAAUGAUCUUCGUGAUAGGCAAACGCAUGAAAGAUUGAAGAAUGAUUUAAUCCAAAAUAUUUGGAAUAAAUUUGGUGAUGAAGAUUAAUAAUUAUUCUAUAUUUAUGUAAAAUUUUUGUUUUUAUGUUUAAUUAAUGUAUUUUAUGUUUAAUUAUUGUUUUAAUGUAUAAUUAUUGUAUUUUGAUGUUAAGUUAUGAAUUAAUUAAUGUAUUAAUUAAUGUAUUUUUUGUUAAAUUAAUGUAUUUUUUGUUUAUUUAUAUUUCACAAAAAAAAAUAUUUUUUUUCCUAAGGAUUCUAACUUAAGGAUCACCAUUGUACACACUUUUUUAACAAGAAUCCUUAACUAUUCAAAAAAAAAAAAAAAAUUUUAAUACUUUAAUAAUCCUAUGGACUCCACAAUGGGUGCCACCAUUGUGGAUGCUCUUAGAACAACCACGGAGAUACGAGCGUUAACGAGAUGUAAUAGCGAGACAAUGACGGUUAUAAGAAAAAGAGUCAUGUUUUUUUGAUGAUCCUUUAGGUGUUUCAAUGAACGAAAUCUGAAGAACGAUAGAUUGACUUGUGUAAAUAAAACUCGAAUAUAUUUCUUGACAUUGGAUUACAUUGACAUUGCAUCGCUAAAAACAUAAGAUAAAAGGCGUAAUUACAUAUAAAACGAAACGCUACCGCAACACAUAAAACGCCGUACCCAAACAUAAUUCAAACGCAAACGCUAAGUAGAACAUGAUUUGAUUAGAAAUUUCCA